AUGGAAAUGAAGCUUCUCUCGAUUCUACUUCUGGGGCUUCUACCGGUGGCUUACGGCUACAGGUGUGAGAACUUGGUCAGUUCAAAUAAAAUCAUUCAUAUUAUUAUUUUAGUAAUAGAUGUAAUCGACUAGGCGGUGACCAAGAACUUUAAAAGCUCAAACGAACAACCGCCUUUGGCAAAAAAGUCCAAACGUGUAGUUGAUCAAGUUGGAAGCAUGAUCUUGCGGUCCUUCGCCUAUUUUUCUGCGCCUAGUCCGUCUAUUCGCGCCUUGACAAGCUCAGAAUGUAGCGGAUGUUGUAGCUAGAGCAGGGUGAAACCCUCGAAAUGAGCACUUGAAAGAGCAACUAGUCUAUGAAUGACGUCCGUAGAGAGAAGAUUGAUGUGUGUUUUAUUAUUGAAACCGGAAGUUCCAGCCAGAACCAGUGGACGGUCCUCACAAAGGCCUGCCGACGCGAUUUGUCGUCCUGUCGCGGCCACUUCUCGUCGGUGACAUCUUCAUUCUUAGUGGCAAAGUCGACAACGGCACUGUACCAUUCAAGUUUAGAUUGAUUCUCAACCGCAUAUACGAAUACUUCAUAACAGACGAUCCACUGUAGACCUUUUGGUCGGAACAAAGCCAGUUUACUACGAAACGGUCAGCACGUUGCAUCUGACGGCGCAGUUCGACUUGAAUCAAACCUUCAUCGGGGAUUAUCAAGUAGGGAGUCUUUGAUACAUUCCCUAAAAUGCGGUGAAAGAACAGACAGUCAAAACUUCGCCCGUAUAGCCUUGAACUAUGUCUUCAUGAAGCGACCAAGACACGCUUGUAAAUAUUCCGGCCGUUCCGAAAAAAUGUGCGUGGGCCGAGGGUUAUAGCGAAACCGGCUAACAAUCAGUCACAACCGCAACUUUUUUUGAUCUCAUCACAAAAUUUAGAAAACAUAUUGUUGGUAAACAACACAUUUUCGAUCACUAACUUGACAAACUCUGUUAAAAUUUCGAAACAACAAGGUAGAAAAAUUCCUUGUUCCUAUGCGAUUCGAGAAAGCUUUAUGAGUAAUCCCAAACCACAAAAAAUACCUCGCGUCAAAGAAUAUUAUUUUUAUUACAGUAGUCACGACUUUACAAGGCAGUUGCAAAAACCAUAAACUUUCCCAAAUUUUUUAAAAAUCCCGAUGAGGUUCUUAAUAUCUUCUGUGCGAGAUUAUCAUUCCAAAAAUAUGAACUAUAGAGGCUUCGUUCAGGAAUCCAAGAAAUCCAGUCUUUUCAUUUAACACUAAGCUUUUUCCUUUAUUUUCAGCCUAACCCUAGACAUGAAAACCGCGAGGACAAGUUGCUUCCUCUUGACUUCACCGAUGAUCCAUUCACCCUUAGAAUCUUGUUAGUUUCUUUUUCAACCUAAGACUUCAUUCGAUUCAAUCCAUGUUUCAGAGUGGAAGCUGACGGAUACUCAAUUUACAAGGACAAAGUUUUUCUCCACAAGUUGAUUUACUUCAAAGAAGACUACAGCACCGUGCAGACGAUUUACUUGCAGAAUAUCGACUUCUACACUGAAUGGUACGUUUUUCUGUUAUUGUAACCAUUAAACUAAUUUUUGUAGUGUUAUUGACUGUAAGGAGGAAAAGCAAUGCCCAAAGACAGGAGCUGGGGAAAUGACGAUCAUCCUUGGCAACAGAGCGUACCGAGAAGUCGGUAAGUCUGACAAGGAUAUCUCAAUUCGAAACAAAUUCCUAUUGAAGAAAAAAGUAUUUUUCAGAUGGACAGUGCCCACAAUAA